AUGCCUUCGGAGAAAAAGAAGUGCUCCUUGCCUCUGCCUGAAGGUUUAGAUUUCACCACUCGACCAAAAGAUACUUUGGUUGAAGAUUUAAGAUACGCGCUUGAACAUGCAAAAGAGUUAUAUGCUGAUAUAGCGUGGGAUUUCACCUUGGCGCCUAGUCCGACUAUCAUCUAUGCACACAAAGCCAUUUUAUAUGCUCGAAGUUCACGAUCAUUUCAAGAACGUUUCUUAAAAAAUAAGGAUGCGAAUGGAAUGUCUAUACGGUCUAUGCGGUUGUCCAAUACAGACCCGGUUACAGUGAAGACUGAUGCGGAUCCAUUCUUAUUUAGACAAGAAUUAAAAUUUUUUUAUACUGCUGAAGAAGGCAGUGAAGAUUUUUUACAAGCCGUUGAUACUACAGAUGAACUCGAACAGGACAAGCUAAAGGACGAUUUAUUAUACAUGCUUAAAUCAAAAUUAUAUACAAAUGUCGAGUUGAUAUUAGAAUUUAUGGAGGAUGAUCUUGAAAUUAUUGAUGAGGACGAAGAUGAGGGAGUUUUCAAACCUCUAGUAAUUAGAGCUCAUCGUUUUAUGUUGUCAUCAAGGUCUGAAUAUUUCAAAAAAAUGCUUGGCUCUGAUUUCAUUGAAGCACGUAAUUCCGCUAUCAGACUUGAUGCAUCAAUUUUUAAUCAAACUUCAAUCAAUUUGAUUCUUACUUUCAUUUAUACUGGUAAUCUUUCAUCUUCUUCAAAACCUUUAACUUUAGAAACUUGUGAAUGGGUGUGGAUUGGAGCGGACUUUUUAAAUAUAAAAAUUCUUUGUGAAGAAUGUAUUUAUCGUAUUGCAACUAAAGUGCAUUUUUUUAAAUGUACCUGUGGCGAAUGUCAAAUUGUUAUGCCUAGGGUGGCUGCAUUCGCUAAAGAGCACGAUGUUGAAAAACUAUGGAAAGGAUGUCUACAUGCUUUAUCUCGGGGAUUCGAUAGCAUGUGGCCUAAUAAAGAGUUUGCAAAUCUUGAUGAGGAUACCAGAGAGGAAAUUCUCAUGAUAUUGCUUGCAAGUAUUCAAAGAAAUAAUGUCAUUGCUACCUUCAAGGGAUGUAGGAAUAUUAUUUCUGUAAUUGACAUAAAAGGGAUAGGUCUGCCUUGGAUAGAGACUGUUCGUCGUAUGACUAAUGAGGUUAGAUCAUACGCGGCUAAAAUUUUAGUUGAUAAUUUUGAGCAAAUUUGUGAUGAAGAUCAAGAAUUUUUAAAUUGUGUGGAUGGUGUUGGAUUUAGUUCAGAUAUUUUAGAGGACAUUAUGAAUAUAGUAGUUGAAGAAAGUUUGACGGAACAAAAUUCUGCACGCAUUCUCAAAUGUAUUACUGGAAAAUUAUUAACUAGACCUGCUGUUUUGAGUGCGGAGAAUGUAGAAGCAAAAAGAUUGCUAACACAGUCCAAACAAAAUGUCUUUAAUUAUAUGAAAAAACGAUGGUUAGGAGUGAAACAGUAUGGUGGUUUCAGGCUACUAAGUCCGUGGUUGUUGGAUGAAUUUGUGAAAGGUAAGGUUUUAUUUCUGGGAACGUUGAUUAUUGCACUCGUUGAUUCGACCCAAGUUCCGACUCAAGUUCAAACUCCAAAACCAAAAACUAGAACACCUAGUGCAACAAAUGGAUUAUCUAAAAAAGGCAUGGCAUCACCUCCUCCAAAGGUUGCAGUUACUACUCCAAAGGUUGCAGUUACUACUACAACGGCUACGACUACAACAGCUACAACGGCUACAACGACGCCAACAGAACAAAUGACAUCAAAAAAUGUUACAAGUCAAAAUACAAAAUCGAUUCCAGAAAUUGUGAUCCCUGACGAUGUCAAAUCUUCAGCCGAAUCAACAACUGGUAAUGCUACUGAAAAAACUACGCGAACUACUACUACUAAAAGGGUAAAAAAUGUACGCAUUGUUGGUGAUACACCUAUGUGGGAUCGACCUACUCGUGCUAGUGUUUUACGUCAAAAGGCAUUGGCAGAGUCUUCAGCAAAAAAUCCUGUAAAGCCGCGAAUAAAAAGUACGUCAAUACCGCCGAAGCCUUCGUCAGCAAGCUCUGCAAAAACGACUAAAACAUCUGCCACUACAAACAAAACUGAUCGCACCCUACGAAAUUCAUCGUCAUCGUCUAGUCUUCGAGUUCCUAAGACGUCUCCUGUUACACAAAGAGGACGACCCACUACCAAGCAAGCUACAUCAACUACUUCUUCACGUACAAGUUCGAUUUCAUCUGCAAAGUCAGUUAAUUCGCCAUCCGUAUCCCCAUCACGAUUUAACGGUGUACGACAAACUCGUGCUAGUAUGCUAAGACAACUCAAAUAUGACGAUGCUCAACAACGACGAGGUCGCGAGCGAGAACGAGAUGUGACGCCAAAAUCUUCUAGAGCCAGUUCUAUUGCUUCAACUUCGUCAGUCACAACGACUUCCUCUUCUCAUCACAAAAGGAACCGCUCUCCAUCCAUAGUUUCAACCACAUCUAGUUCAAAUGGUGUCAUUACCAGCUUGCAACCUAAGCCACAUCAACUUAAAUUGGCUACUAAUCCUUCUGCAGACAUUUCUGUUGGAAGGCGCAUAAUACUUCCAACAAAGAACAAUGCUCCAGGCUGUAUACAAUUCCUAGGUGAAACCGAUUUUGCUAAAGGAAUUUGGGUGGGUGUAGAAUUAGAUAACCCUGUUGGUAAAAAUAAUGGUAUUGUAGCUAGCAGAAAAUAUUUUGCUGCUGCACCUAAUCACGGCAUAUUUGUUAGACCUGAUUCACUUUUGUUAAUAUGA